AUGGCUUUAGUCUUGAUUACAGGUGCCUCCCGAGGCUCCAGCAUUGCGCUCGUGCGCGAACUGUCCACUUGUCCCGCCAUGCAGAUCCGCCAGGUCUUUGCUACCGCACGAAGAGAAUCAUCGGCCCUGAGCGAGCUUGCUGCUGCCUCAGCAGGACGAGUCUUAGUCGUUCAAAUCGACGUUGAGACGCAGCUCAGCAGCAAGGAAGGAAGAGAUAUCUUGAUCAACAAUGCCGGCAUCUGCCAGUACGUCGGCGACGGGGUGAAAUUGAUGGAUAACCUCACGGAGAGCUUCACCAUCAACAUCCUCGGUGUCCACUAUGUGACGCGGGCUUUUCUACCGCUUCUGCAACGGGUUCCCUCAAGGAGGUUGCGAACAUGCUGCAGUACAACCUCGCUCGUCUUCAUCGCCCUAGCGCGUGCGUCCCACGACGUCCCCGCCCCGGCGUACAAGAUCUCGAAGGCCGGCCUACACGCGCUCACCGCAUGGAUGAAGACCGAUCUCGGCGGCGGCGACAUCGCCGACCUGACGCCCGAGCAGGGGGCCAAGGCAUCAUUGGAUAUUCUGUUCCGACCAAAUGCCGAGAUCAACGGGCAGUUUCCUAAAGUGUUGGUCCCCGGGUGGGAGACUUAA